AUAAACGUUAGCACUCAGCUUGUCAAGAAACCAUUUCAUGGCUGUCAAUACAUCGGACACGUAAGGUCUUGCUAGCUUAACUUAGCCAGUGUAUGUCGUGGAUGGGUUCACUGAACAAGGCACAGUUUCAACAAACGGCGACUGGUGCUUAACGAGCAACAUGGAUACCGCUGAGGAAGCGGAUAUUUGUCGUGUGUGCCGCUCGGAGGGGACCCCGGACAAACCACUGUAUCACCCCUGUGUCUGCACUGGCAGUAUCAAGUUUAUUCACCAGGAAUGUCUGGUUCAGUGGCUGAAGCACAGCAGAAAGGAGUACUGUGAAUUAUGCAAGCACAGAUUCGCUUUCACACCAAUCUACUCCCCAGACAUGCCCUCACGUCUACCUAUACAGGACAUCUGUGCUGGUCUUCUGACCAGUGUGGGCACAGCGAUACGCUACUGGUUCCAUUAUACACUAGUGGCCUUUGCUUGGCUUGGGGUUGUUCCACUAACUGCAUGUCGCAUCUACAAGUGUCUGUUUACAGGCUCUGUGAGCUCACUUUUGACACUGCCUCUGGACAUGCUCUCUACAGAGAACCUGCUAGCAGACUGUCUUCAGGGCUGCUUCGUUGUCACAUGCACCUUGUGUGCAUUUAUCAGUCUGGUGUGGCUUAGAGAGCAGAUAGUCCAUGGUGGGGCCCCCCAGUGGUUAGAGCAGCAUCAUCCACCUCCACCUAAUGCUGCUGGACAAGCCAACGAGGCACAGGCAGCAGGUCAGGGAGCAGCAAAUGAGCCCCCUGCAGCUCAGCCAGCGCCAGCAGAGCCUCCAGCCCAGAAUGAGGCAGAGCCUGAGCCCCCGGAUGCUCCCCCAGACCAAGGUGAUGACGCAGAGCUUGAGGAAGAGGAGGGAGCAGCAGCUGAAGAUGCAGAUGCUAAUAAUGGAGCACAAGAUGACAUGAACUGGAAUGCAUUGGAGUGGGAUAGAGCAGCAGAAGAGCUCACCUGGGAAAGGAUGCUUGGCCUUGAUGGUUCCCUGGUGUUUUUGGAGCAUGUGUUUUGGGUCGUGUCGCUGAACACACUCUUCAUCCUGGUCUUUGCCUUUUGUCCAUACCACAUCGGUCACUUCUCUGUUGUUGGUCUUGGCUUUGAAGAAUAUGUCCAAGCCUCCCACUUCGAGGGCUUGAUCACAACAAUUGUAGGUUACAUACUGCUGGCCAUGACGCUCAUCCUCUGUCACGGACUGGCUGCCCUGGUCAGGUUCCAGCGCUCCCGUCGUCUCCUGGGAGUCUGCUACAUCGUCGUCAAGGUCUCUCUUUUGGUUGUUGUGGAGAUUGGUGUGUUUCCUCUCAUCUGUGGCUGGUGGCUUGACAUCUGCUCAUUGGAGAUGUUUGAUGCCUCUCUGAAGGACAGAGAGUUAAGUUUUAAGUCAGCACCUGGAACCACAAUGUUCUUGCACUGGCUCGUAGGAAUGGUUUAUGUCUUCUACUUUGCAUCGUUCAUUCUUCUGCUAAGAGAGGUGCUGAGACCUGGUGUGCUGUGGUUUCUGAGAAACCUCAAUGACCCAGAUUUCAACCCUGUGCAAGAGAUGAUCCAUCUGCCAAUCUACAGACAUCUGCGGCGCUUCAUCCUGUCCGUGGUGGUGUUUGGGUCAAUCGUGUUGCUCAUGCUGUGGCUGCCCAUCAGACUGAUAAAAUUACUGCUGCCUACCUUCCUGCCGUACAAUGUCAUGCUGUACAGUGACGCUCCAGUCAGUGAGUUGUCUCUGGAGCUAUUAUUACUUCAGGUUGUGCUGCCAGCUCUGUUGGAGCAGGGACACACUCGCCAGUGGCUCAAAGGUCUAGUCAGAGCCUGGACAGUCAGUGCCGGGUAUCUGCUUGACCUUCACUCCUACCUCCUCGGAGAACAGGAGGACAACGAUACAAACCAGCCUGUGAACAAUAAUAACAACAAUAACCCUCCCCCUGGACACCAUAACAACAACAACAACCCUGCUCCAGCUGUUGGGGAGGGGCUUCAUGCAGCCCAUCAGGCCAUUCUUCAGCAAGGAGGGCCAGUGGGUUUUCAACCUUACCACCGACCCCUUCGCUUUCCAUUCAGGAUUGUGCUGCUGAUAGCGUUCAUGUGCAUCACUCUGCUGGUCGCCAGUCUGGUGUGUCUCACUUUACCAGUGUUUACCGGCCGCUGGCUUAUGUCCUUUUGGACAGGAAACUCAAAAAUCCAUGAGCUGUACACAGCAGCAUGUGGCCUGUAUGUCUGCUGGCUGUCUAUUCGUGGGGUCACUGUGCUGUUGGCCUGGAUGCCACAGGGUCGCAGAGUCAUUCUAAACAAAGUUCAGGAGUGGACCCUAAUGAUCCUGAAGACGUUGGUUGUAGCUCUGCUGGUUGCUGGAGUGAUCCCACUGCUGUUGGGUCUACUGUUUGAGCUGGUAAUCGUAGCUCCACUCAGGGUACCCCUGGACCAAACACCCCUCUUCUACCCCUGGCAGGACUGGGCCCUUGGUGUUCUUCAUGCCAAAAUCAUCGCUGCCAUCACUCUCAUGGGUCCCCAGUGGUGGCUGAAGACUGUUAUUGAACAGGUCUAUGCUAAUGGGAUUCGCAACAUCGACCUCCAAUUCAUCAUCCGUAAACUGGCAGCUCCAGUCAUUUCAGUCCUGCUGUUGUCUUUGUGUGUUCCGUAUGUAAUCGCUGCUGGAGUGGUGCCAGCUGUGGGAGUGACCCCAGAGAUGGAAAUUCUAAUGCAGAGGAGGAUUUAUCCAUUCCUCUUGAUGGUAGUCUCUCUCAUUGGAAUUCUGUCCUUCCAGAUCCGACAGUUUAAACGGCUUUAUGAGCAUAUUAAAAAUGACAAGUACCUUGUGGGCCAAAGACUUGUCAACUACGAACGAAAAGCUGGAAGAGCUGGCUCUAGCCCCGCCCCCAGUUCUGUCCCAGAGUAGACUUUUGUGUCACCAGUCACAUCAACAGUUUCUGUUACUUCGUGUACACCUUGCCCUGAUUUUCUUUUGAUUUUUUUUUUUUUCAACAAAUGGAAUCUUUGCAAAUCUCCCAUGGAUGUAAAUGUAUGUCGUUCACUGUUUCUUAAAUUCCCUCUCAUGUGUUGAAGGGGAAAUCAUGUUAUAAUCAUGGUACAGCCGUGAGAAGAAUUCCCUCUGUAAUGGAGAGACUGGAAGUGAAGAUUAUUGGGAUUUCAUUCAAAGCCCAACAUCUGUUAUUGUUCAUGCCUUGCUUUGUAAAGUGCUGCCUGAUAAUUGUACAUGUGUAAAUACUUUGAACGCAGACUUUGUCUUACCAAAAGAAGAGAGAAAAAUAGGGAUUAAUGCGAUGACCAUUGUACAUCUUAAAAGUGUAUGUAUAAUUUAUUAAAUCAAACUGAAAAAUU